AUGGUUAACCUUAGACAAGGCCGUGUUACCAAAAACGUUUUUAUGCGCGAUUCACAUGCUUAUGGGGUUGCUAUCAGUUUCGCCCAUACCGUGAAUGUAACACUAGAUAACAACUUGUGUGGUCUCAAAUUAAGUCAGGAUAUGUUCUGGUUGUCCGACGAAGUUGAGCCAAAAAGGUACUGGUCGGGUCAAAAAAAUAAAUUAGAAUUCCUUAAAACUCAUUACCAUCUUCAAGAUGACCAAGGCUACUUUAAAAGUUGUCUCUAUGAACAUUGCGACGAAGGAAUGCAAAUCGAGAAAAACGUUUUCAACGGAAGUCCAAAUACUGGACGACAUAGAGACCACGCCAUAUACCUCAAAGGGUUCGACAACAUGACAGUAAUAAGCAACUACGUCAGAGGUUGGCCUGCGAAUGCAUCGGGUGGCAUUAAAGCUCGAAAUGGCCAAAAUCUUUGGCUUGUUCGGAAUUACGUUGACGACACCGGAAUUCUGCUGUAUUCGCACGACAACACAAGAAACAAGGCCUGUAUUUAUGUAGGUCUCAAGAACGUUGUAGUCUACGGAAAUCACCUCAGAAUGCAAACCAACCUAAACAAUUCAACAAGUGGUUUAAGAUACCACGAGCCUCAUCACAAUGUUGGAAGGGAUGAGAACAUCAAAUAUUCUGGCAAUGAAUUUGAGAUCAUUGGCGUCAGUAAUCCGACUGAUUACCCUUGCAUUUGGCUGACCAAUGGCAAUCCGUCUGAACAUCACGUGUACGCAGACAACACAUAUUUUGGCCGAGGUAACACGGUUAGGAUUGCAGGCCGGCAUGGCCAGGUCCUUGGUCCUGCAGCAUAUGAACGAGGGGACUUCAACUAA